GGUUCUUGAGUGGAAGUAUGCUGAAGAUCAGGCUCAAGGCGCAGGAAUCGCCGCCGGCGCAACGCAAGGAGGAGAGGAGUAAGCAGGAGGAUGUGCCAGUACCUGGAUCCAUGGUGCCGCCGCAUUUGUCCGGCGAGCAGCUUCCCGAAGCCCGAGGGGCGGGAAUUGCCAGCAGCGUCGCCGAGAUCAAAAUCCUUGGCUACGCAGUGCAGCGCAGGAAUGGGGAUAAGGUCCACAUCUGCACGCGUUGUAAUUUUCCCAUCGCGAUCUACGGCCGGCUGCAUCCAUGCGAGCACAUUUUCUGCCUAACGUGUGCGAGGAAGGAUUCCAUCUGCUUCUUAUGUGAUGAGAAGGUUUCACGAGUAAGGAAGAUCGAAGCACUGGAUGGCGUCUUCAUCUGCGGUGCCCCUCGGUGCCUCAAAUCGUUCCUGGAAAAACAGGCUUUCGAGCAUCACGUCAAGGACCAACACAAGGAUCUAGUGCCGGGUACCAACAUGAAGCACGAAGAAAAGAUGAUCGCCGACGAGAAGAAACCACAAUCUAGCGAGAGACAAUCUCGACAGCAGCAGUUUCGCAACGCUCAACACCAGAAACAAAUGGAUCAGCUCAAGCAAAAAGCUCCAAAGUUUAGCUAUUCUCCCAGCCUCCCAGAUUACAGCACAAUACAACAAGACGGACAAAACUUCUACGCCCCCUAUCCUCAACUAGACGACCAGUUGCAAGCCAGAUGGAACCAACCUCCUGGCUUUGGUUAG